UUCAGAUAUGAUCGCCGUUCCAGACUUUGCAGCGGGAGCAAUGGAGAACUGGGGAUUGAUGAUCUAUCGAGAACCGACCAUGCUUUGGGAUCCAGAAACUGGGACCGCACACAGCCAACAAAAGGUGGCCACUGUCAUAUCCCAUGAAAUCGCCCAUCAGUGGUUCGGAAACUUGGUAACGCUGACCUGGUGGGAUGACUUAUGGCUGAACGAAGGAUUUGCCAGCUUUGCGGAGGUCAUCGGUGUUCACCACGUCCAUCCCAAAUGGGGCAUG